AUGGCGUCCGACGGGCGCGUGGAGCGGAUCGCCUCCACCAUCCGCGUCAUCCCCGACUUCCCCAAGCCAGAUGUUAUGUUGUAUUUUGUACAUAUAUUGCUUCCUUAUGUUAUCUUCCCUUGCUCACCAUUCCAAUUUUACUUGCAGACAUUGGGCCUCCUGAGGAGCCAUACACAUGUCAGGAACUACAGCAGUCAGCUUUCAGGUCUUAUUCCAGCUGGUCCCCAAAGCUCAAAGCUGACAAGAAGGCACUAUUACUUCCCAAAUGCCUCUCCUUACCAACCCUGGAGUAGGUCAUUUGCAUCAGACAGUGGAGAAAAGUUUGAAGCUGUUGUACCUUUCAUGGGUGAAUCUGUAACUGACGGAACUCUUGCUACCUUCUUAAAGAAACCCGGUGAUAGAGUUGAGGCUGAUGAGGCCAUAGCUCAGAUUGAAACUGAUAAGGUCACCAUUGAUGUUUCUAGUCCUGAAGCUGGUGUUCUUGAAAAGAUGAAGAACAAUGUUUAUUUGCUUAUCUGGAUACCAGUAACAUUCUGUACCUUUUUCUACACUGGCAACGAAUUCAUGAGUUCUAUUACAGGAACAGAUUAG